CUUCACUCUCUCCCCUUCACACGCGCACAGUCUGCUCUGUCGCUCCACGCGUGCAGCCUGGAAAGCGACCAAGCUGCACAGGACUGACUUCCACUUGGAUCAACUUGGGCUUUUUUCACACAGGUUUUUCUGAAUUCUUUGCACUGAUCUUUUAAUCUACUUCAAGUGAAGUUCAUGUAAACCGUUUUCAGCCUGAUUUCAGUUACUGGAGACUAAAAACACUCCCAAGCAACGUGAUCCAGACCCAAGGCUUGCAACUUUGUUUAGUGUUUUUGUAUAUUAUUCAUCCUGAACGUGGUUUAGCCGGACUUUUAAGCCUCUGGAGAGGACAUGCAGGGCUUUGUGGCUUUCUUAGCCACAUGUGCGUUCUUCUCGACCGGGUUAAGGAGCUCAGUGGCCGGUGAGGAGAUGCACAACUCCUCCGCCGCCGGACUGAACAGCUCCGUGACGCGCCCGGGGAGCUCCGAAGAGGCGGACGGAGGGGGAGCGGGGAGAGCCGGCUGCCCGGAGCGGUGCCGUUGCGAGGUGGACGGGCUGCUGCACAGGGUGGACUGCUCCGACCAGGGGCUCCGGGAGAUACCGAGCAACCUGAGCGUCUUCACAUCCUACCUUGAUCUGAGUAUGAAUAAUCUGACUGUGUUGUCCAGUGGAGAUUUUUCCAACCUUCACUUCCUGGAGGAACUGCGUUUGGCAGGAAAUGAUCUGUCGUUCAUCCCUAGAGGAGCAUUCAGCGGCCUCUACAACCUCAAAGUGCUGAUGCUUCAGAACAACCAGCUGAGGUCUGUUCCAGAUGAGGCCUUCAACAACCUGCACAACCUACAGUCGCUCCGUCUCGAUGCCAAUCACAUCUCCAGUGUUCCCAGUGGGUGCUUCUCCGGCCUGCGUUCCCUUCGUCACCUGUGGUUGGAUGACAAUUCCCUGACGGAGGUACCAGUGGCGGCCCUGAACGAGCUGCCUGCCCUGCAGGCCAUGACACUGGCUCUGAACCACAUCAGCCAUGUCCCGGACCACGCCUUCAGCAAGUUGGGCCGCCUGGUGGUACUGCAUCUUAACAACAAUAGGAUCGUUUCCAUGGGAACAAACUGCUUCCACGGACUCCACAGUUUGGAGACGCUGGAUCUGAACUACAACAGUCUGGUUGAGUUUCCCAUGGCCAUCCGUUCGCUCAGUCACCUUAAGGAGCUCGGUUUCCAUAGCAACAACAUCCAGUCCAUUCCAGAGCACGCCUUUACAGGGAACCCAUCACUGAUCACCAUAUUUUUCUAUGAUAAUCCGAUCCAGUCUGUUGGGCGCUCGGCUUUUCAGAACCUGCCAGAGCUACGAACACUGUCUCUGAAUGGAGCAGCAGAUCUCACAGAGUUUCCAGAUCUAACGGGAACCAAAAGUCUGGAAAGCCUGACGAUCACCGGAGCUCAGAUCACGUCUUUGCCCAGUUCAGUUUGUGAGCAGCUUCCAAACCUAGAACUGCUUGAUCUCUCCUAUAAUCAGAUCCAGACUCUUCCCAGUUUCUCCGGCUGUGAGAGCAUUCAGAAGAUCGAUCUUCACCAUAACGAAAUACAAGAACUGGAGGAAAACACCUUCCAUGGUCUGAUGUCACUGUGCUCCCUUGAUUUAUCCUGGAACAGAGUGUCAUCUGUGAAGCCAAACUCUUUCUCUGCUCUUCCUGCCUUGUCCAAACUUGACUUGUCGUCCAAUCAGCUGUCGUCUUUGCCUCUAAUGAGCUUGCAGAGUUUAACCCAUCUGCGAUUGGCUGGAAAUGAUGAGCUGAUGGAACUGAUACCCAGAGAGAACCUACCACGAGUCAGAGUGAUGGAGCUGCCUUACGCUUUCCAGUGCUGUGCCUUUGUCUCCUGUGAAAGACGAGGAGGUUCUUCCUGGGAGAGAGAGGAGGUGUUCGGAGGAGCAGCUGAUUCCUCUGGGCGAGACAGUGUCUUCCUCUCCAGCCAAGUAGAUCAGGACUGGGAGGAUCUUCUGAUGGAGUUUGAUGAUGAACCCAAACCUCAGCAUUCUGUCCACUGUAGCCCUGCACCAGGGCCAUUCCGACCGUGCCUCCAUCUUCUUGGCAGUUGGCUGAUCCGAGGAGGGGUGUGGCUCAUUGCAUCGCUCUCACUCAUCAGUAAUUGUCUUGUUGCCCUGUCAGUCUUCUUAUCCCCCGCCACCUCGGUCAUGCCCCCGAAGCUGCUGAUUGGCCUGCUGGCCCUGGUGAAUGGCCUGAUGGGAGUGUGGAGUGGCUGGUUAGCAGCUGUGGAUGCCUGGACAUUUGGCAGCUUUUGGAGGUAUGGUGCGGCCUGGGAAAGCAGCUUCCUGUGCAGACUCAGUGGCUUCCUGUGCGUGUUUGCAUCCCAGACCGGCCUCUUUCUCCUCACUGUCGCAGCUCUGGAGCGAUGCCUGGCCGCCACAGCACGCCACCACAAAGAUGAAGGACAGAACGGUGGCUCCUCAUUGGCUCUCUUUGUCCGACUGGCCAUCUUUUUGUGUUUUUUGCUGGGCCUAGCUAUUACUCUGCCCCCCCUGGUGACUGGACACAGUAGCACUUCCCUCUGUUUGCUGCUGCCUUCAUCUUCCUCCUCUUCGUCUGUAGCCUUCUCUGUCUUCCUGGUUCUCCUAGAUUCGUUGUGUUUCCUCAUCAUGACCUUCGCCUACACACGCCUCUAUUGUCGAGCCAACAAAACCCCACCCACCUCUGAAGAGGAUGCAGCACUGACCCGACACGUGGCUUGGUUGCUCUUCUCUGACUGCCUCCUCUACCUCCCUGUAGCCUUCCUCUCCUUCUCCUCCCUGCUACACCUCCCGGCUGCUGGACCAGAUGCAGCAAAGGCAGUGCUACUGCUUGUGGCGCCACUUCCUGCCUGUAUCAACCCUCUGCUGUAUCUCCUCUUCAAUCCACAUGCACGAGAGGAGCUGGCUGCACUGGCCAAACGCACCUGUGGGGCUGUGGUCGUAAGUGUGAGCAGAGGAAGACGACCUGGGAGCAGAUCCAGGUUGGAUCCGCUAGAUUUAGUGUACGAUGAGGAUGCAGAAAAACAGUCAUGUGACUCAACACAGGCCCUGGUGGCGGUCGGAGGCACUAAGGAGGAUGAGGAGGAGGGAAGAGGGACGAGUGAGACACAACACUCAGUGGCAUUUGUUGUUCCACGUCACUAAAUGGACACACAAGAAGUCUUACUCACUCACCUGCCAAAAGUCAAACAUGUUGACAUCAUCUGGUGAUGAAUAAGGGUUUUACAAACUGUCAGACACUCGCCUGAGUUCAUCAACUAUAUUCGGUACAUAUUUAUGUUUUGUUUUGGUUUUUUUUUUACUUCAUAGUUGGUCCGGAUUUCUUCAAUGCCUUUCCUCUGCUGCAUUACAGCAGAAACAAUGUACAAAACUAGCUACUGUUAGCUUAGAAAUGGAGUCAUUAAAUGACAAGCUACAAUCCCAACGCAUACAACACAUACAUCACAUUAGCACAGUAUGCGUGAAACUAUGUUUUAAACAUCUGUAUAUCUGUCAGACUGAAUCGAAGCAUAACUAAAUCAAGUCCUCUGACUGUCUGCCUGUAAUGUGAUGUACAGGACUUCUUUGACUGAAUGUAAAGUGAAUUUCAGAGGUGACACAACUGUAGCAGAGUCAAAGUCUAUCAAAGGGAAUAAACAAACAAUAACUCAGCUCAAGAAAACCGAUGCAUCUCUGAUCAUGUAUUAAAUAUUUAGACAAAUCAGAGGACAAAUAAAAAAUAAGAAACAGGAAUAACUCAGCAUUACAGCAUAUGAACACUCACAUGUGGUGAUGUACAAAUAUUCUGUGAGUGAAAAAACUUUUGAGCUACUCUGGAUUUUUUUAAUCAGCAUCACAGAAAUAAAAAUCCAGACCCUCACAGGAGUUCUAGUAUGAAAAGAAGAAGAAGACAGGUGACAAAAACCUAAAUGCAAACAGAUACACAAGGAGACUGAUGAUCAAACUGUGUGGCAGUAAAUGUAGCAACAACAUUGAAAAAACAAGAUGGACAUUAAUGCACAAGAAGGUGGUCACCGUGUACACAACAUUAUUUCUUUCUCUUUUUGUGUUUGUCCGUUCACUGAAACUGAAAAAGUAAGACUAAACAAUAAUCUGGGAAUGGACAGUCCUAGUCUGCAGGAAAAACACACACACAAACACGCAAACAUACACAUAUGCAUCAUAAAAAAUGUCACUUCAUUGCCGAACUAAACGUUUAUUAUGAAAUAUUGCAUGUUUUGCAGCAUUGUGUCGCCAAACACCCAGCAAAUGUUCGACCAAAAGCUGCCGUACAAUUGCUGUGUGUCUUGUGUGUGUUUGCGUGUCCACAGCUAAUGCGUUUUUGUGAGUGUGUGUGAAAACUGAAGCGUCUGUGUGAGUUUUGUCGCCAAGUCGACCCCCAAACUGAGAAAACAGGAAUCAGAAGACAAACAGGAUUAAAGAAGUGAAGAAGAUGUUCAUCAAGAAAUGCAUUACCAGUCCUUUCAAAUAAUAUUUUCUCUUUCUGUCAUUUUUUUUAACUUUAAAAUACCUGCAAUCCAUAAUGUAUACUCAGUAAGUACCAGAGCUAGGAGUUGGUGGGGGGUCAAACUAGAGCUAAAAGGAGAUGGGAUACUGGACUUCAUCAGGUGGACACAAAUGAAACUCCAUUAUGAUGAUACAGUUUGCUUCCUGUUUCCACUGGAUGUGGAAAUACAAGGCGCUGGUGGGUUUAAAAGAUGAUAAUAUGUCAGUGAAAUAUACUUUGGAAUAUAAAUACGUCAGAAAUAUACAGGGUUUAGUUCCUUUUUUAGUUAUUUGCUGUAGGAACAAAGUCAUAAAAUAUUCAUUAGUGCAUAUUCGCUCCAAACGAGAAUCAUCUCAUUGUUACUGUAAAAUACAGAAGCAGGGGCUGCAUGGAGCUUUGUAGCAUUUUUUCCUCUUUUUGUCCAUUGUAUGAUUUUUAUGAACCAUCCAGCCUUAAGAUGCAUUACAGAAACACCAGAAUUUGAUUUACAUGUUGUGACAAUAAAAACUGCAUCCUAGCUACACAUCAGUGUGUGACAAGCUGGGAUAUAGACUGUGUUAAUUUCACCUUAAGCAAGACCAGAAAUGAAUAAAACAAAAAAUUUUAAUCAGGGAUCUUUUUUUGUUGUUGUUGAAAGUGAGGAUGGAGGCAGUCAGUUGUCAUGUAAGCAGGGCUGCUACUAUUGCCUUUCAUUUAUUUUCAAUGUAUUUAAAGGAUAUAAUCUGAUUUUAUUUUAAGGCUUUAAGGAGUCCUAAUUGCGAAAAUGUACUUAGAGAUUCAUAAUCAUGUCUUUAUUAAUGUAAGAAUAAGUAUAGUUUGUUUUUUUUUUUUUCCUCAUAUCAGCUGUUUAUAUCCACAUAGAGAACGGGUCCCUGUGGAUGAAGUCUACCAUGUUACAUUCUCAUUCUUAAACAGUAGCCCAGGAUGGACAAACCAAACAGUGGCUCUCUAACGUUAUUUGUUCUUCACAUUUUUAGCCACCACCAUAGGUUCUCCUACAUAGGGAAGUCACAGCA